AUGGAUCGUAGUUGGAUGAGAGCUAAUCGAUUAAGUGAUGAGUUUGAUAAUGGAGUGGUUGAAUUUCUAGAAUUUGCUGAAAAGAAUCUUCCGAACAAUAAUGGAGUUUUUCCAUGUCCUUGUGUUUCUUGUGGGAACCGGGACCCAAAACUUACUAAGGAUGAAAUAAGGGACCAUCUAGCUUGGAGAGGGAUUUGUCAAAAUUAUACACAAUGGAUAUGGCAUGGUGAAGUAGUAAUGCCAAGUGUAUCACAAAGAGAGAAAGUAUGUGUAGAUAUGGAUGAUCGGCUGGAAGACAUGAUACAUGAUAUUGGAGAAGAAUCAUUUAAGAGAGCGCAUGUGUAUGAUACUUUAUGUAAAGACAAGGAAGAACCUUUGUACCCGGGAUGCACAAACUUUACACGGUUGUCAGCUGUGUUAAGAUUGUUUAAUUUGAAGGCGAAAAAUGGAUGGAGUGAUAAAAGUUUCACUGAUUUGCUUGGAUUGUUGAAAGAAAUGCUUCCAGAAGGUAACACAAUGCCGAAUCGUCAUUAUGAAGCCAAGAAAGUAUUGUGUCCGAUGGGGAUGGAGUAUGAAAAAAUACAUGCAUGCCCUAAUGAUUGCAUCUUAUACAGAAAAGAGUUUGAAAACUAUGAUCAUUGUCCGAAGUGCAAGGCGUCACGCUACAAAAAGAAAGAUGGUGAUUCCAGUGAUGAUGUGAGCACAAAGGGUCCUCCUGCAAAAGUGUUAUGGUACCUACCAAUAAUUUCAAGGUUCAAGAGAUUGUUCUCUAAUGCAAAUGACGCAAAGAACCUUAGAUGGCAUGCAGAAGAGAGAAAUGAAGAUGGAAAAAUUCGCCAUGUAGCUGAUUCUUUGCAAUGGAAGAAAAUUGAUUUGAAGUUUCAAAGUUUUGGCAAAGAGUCGAGAAACCUUAGACUUGGACUUGCUACCGAUGGAAUGAAUCCGUAUGGUAGUCUAAGUUGUAACCAUAGUUCAUGGCCCGUUCUCUUGAUAAUUUACAACCUAUCUCCUUUGUUGUGCAUGAAGCGUAAAUAUAUGAUGUUAUCUAUGAUGAUUCCGGGCCCAAAACAACCAGGAAACGACAUAGAUGUUUAUCUAAGUCCAUUGAUUGAUGAUUUAAGAUUGUUGUGGGAGCAAGGAGUUGAUGUUCUUGAUGCGUAUUCUGGUGAACAUUUCAAUAUGCGUGCCAUGUUGUUUUGCACCGUCAACGACUUUCCGGCAUACGGUAAUUUGUCUGGUUACAGCGUUAAAGGGCAUAAAGCGUGUCCUAUAUGUGAGAAAGAUACAAGUUACCAUCAGCUUAAUCAUGGAAGGAAGACCGUUUAUCUUGGGCAUCAGAAAUUUUUAGACCGUCAUCAUCCAUAUCGUAAAUUGAAGAAAGCUUUCAACGGAAAAUCAGAGUAUGGUGUUGCGCCAAAACCCUUGACUGGAGAGGAAGUUUAUCAACGACAACAACAUGUGAAGGUUAUCUUUGGAAAGAAACAAAAGAAGCCUGCUGAAAAAAAUGUAUGGAAAAAGAGGUCGGUGUUCUUUGAUCUUCCAUAUUGGUCAAGUGUUGAUGUAAGACAUUGUAUUGAUUUGAUGCAUGUAGAGAAAAAUGUUUGUGAAAGUCUAAUUGGCACACUUCUUCACAUUAAUGGCAAGACAAAAGAUGGGUUAAGUGCUCGUUUAGAUUUGGCUGAAAUGGGUAUACGACAACAGUUAACUCCACAACAGAUAGGUAACAAGGCAUAUUUGCCUCCAGCAUGUCACACUUUGUCUAAGAAAGAGAAAACAAGUUUUUGUGAGUGUUUACAAGGUAUCAAAGUACCGCAAGGUUACUCAUCAAAUAUCAAGAGACUUGUUUCAAUGAAAGAUCUCAAGUUAAUUGGCUUAAAAUCUCAUGACUUUCAUGUUCUGAUGCAGCAACUACUACCAGUGGCUAUUCGUGGAAUAUUGCCUAUUAAAGUUAGGAAAACUAUAACUAGGCUGUGCUUAUUCUUCAAUGCAAUAUGUAGUAAAGUCAUUGAUCCAUUGAAGUUAGACGAGUUGGAAAAUGAGGCUGCAGUCAUCUUGUGUCAGUUGGAGAUGCAUUUUCCUCCUUCAUUUUUUGACAUUAUGGAACACUUGAUUGUUCAUUUGGUAAGGGAGAUUAGAUUGUGCGGUCCAGUUUGUUUAAGGUGGAUGUAUCCGGUAGAACGGUACAUGAAGAUACUAAAAGGGUAUACUAUGAAUCCACACCGUCCGGAAGCUUCGAUCGUUGAAAGGUACAUUGCAGAAGAAGCUAUUGAGUACUGUUCAAACUAUUUGUCAGAAGCGGAUGCUAUAGGGGUUCCAAAGUCUCGUCAUGAUGGAAGAUGUGAAGGUAAGGGUACACAAGGUUUAAAUGUCAAGUGCAUGACUUGGAAGGUACGUCAUCCAGCGCAUUUGUAUAUAUUGAAUAACACUGAUGAAGUUCAACCUUACUUAUCUACCCACAAAAGCUUUAUAAAGGAAAAAUACCCCAAGAUGAAUGAAAUAGGGUUGUUAAAAGAGCACAAUAAGAGUUUUUCUGAAUGGUUUAAAGAAAGAAUUGCUAAUGAUGAAAGUGCUUCUGAUACAAUAAAACGACUCUCAUUUGAGCCUAAAUGUAAUGUUAUGACUUGGAGUGCUUAUGAUAUUAAUAGAACUAUCUUUUAUACAAAAUCAAAAGAUGAUAGAAGUACUAUGCAAAAUAGUGGGGUUAUGGUUGUGGCCGAGUCCAUGCACUUCUCUAGUUCAAAAGAUAAAAGACCUAUAAUGGCAUCUACAUCGUACUUUGGGGUGAUUGAAGAGAUUUGGGAGGUUGAUUAUGUUACAUUUACAGUGCCUGUAUUUAAAUGCAAGUGGAUUGAUAUUUCCAAUGGUGUAAGAAUUGAUAAAUUUGGAUAUACACUGGUUGAUCUUUCCAAGGUGGCUUAUAGGGACGAACCUUUCAUUAUGGCAUCCCAAGCAAAACAAGUGUUUUAUGUCACAGAUCCUUCUAACAAAAGGUGGUCGGUGGCUCUACAACCAAAAACCACACAUGGUAGUGAAGAAUCCCUUCAUAUUUCUGAGAUUCCGUCUUCUACAACAAAUUUGCUUACCUCAAAUGAAGAAAAUAAAGUAGACGAUGUGCAAGUUACUCGUUUGGAUCAUGAAGAAGGGAUAUGGGAGAGCUAG